AUGUCUCAAAUCGGCGACCACGCCUCUCCCGGCUCGGAGGACCCUGAUGCCGUGGUUGCCCAGAUCAUGAAUCAAUUCGAGAGCUCACUCGAAGUACCCACGCUGUCCACCGCAGUUGGAGUUGCUCUUCCUACAAUUGAAAACGCACACGAAUACGAGUACCUACCUGGUCAUUUUGUGAUCCGUCGAAUCCUCCGGCUGGACGCGGAGGAUCCAAAGAAGCCAUCCUACACUGUUCGCCUGCAGAGCGGCGAACGUGCAACAAUGCCUCACGACAGACUCAUGCAAUUGGAGAACAGCGUCUCAGCCCUCGACAACUUCAACCCCGAUUCCGAUUCCGAUGAUGAGUUGGUGGUGGUUGGAAACCGCUCUAUCUCGCCCCAACAUCAUUUUGGCGGGGAUGGAGCAUCGGAUAGCUCAAGCGUGGGCGGCUCUGGACGCAGAAGGACUCGGAACAAACGACGUCGUACCACUGCGGCUGUAGGCCAGUAUGCUUCGUUUUACCGAUUUGAGGACAGCGACCAAAGCAGCAAUGAGGAUGACGAGCCAGGUCGAUCAAGUCGAUCACAUACAUAUGCAAGGCGCAGGCUUCGGCGGGGCAGCCGAAAGUCAGACCAGAUGUCCACGACUCCUUCGGAAGGCUACUCGACCUCCAAUCCCAACAGGCGUAAAUCAUCUCGGACUAGGAGGAGUUUGCGUGGGAAUCUGCGAGAGCGAUUUGAAGAUGACGUUUCUGAGACGGAGAGCAUUCGCCCAAGACAGCAGAAAUAUUCUGGUGCUAGAGAAGCAUUCCAAGAGAUUCCGCGCGAUGAUGAUUUCAGAAUCCGACACUUUGCGUGCUGCGCUACGUGCAGUAUCUAUGAAGACGACCCAGAGAAGGGAGAUCUUGUUUUUUGUCAAGGUUGCAGCUCAUCAUACCAUCAAGUUUGUCUGGGGCCCCGAACCACCCGGGAUCAUCUCGUCACCAAGAUUGACGAGGGCAACUUUAUCCUGCAGUGUCGCAGCUGUCUGGGAAUUGCCAACGAAAAGCAUGAUGUUGCUCCACACCUAGGGUUCUGCGCAAUUUGCAAGGAAAAAGGACCCAUGUCAGAGCCACUCAGACAGCGUUUGACAUCAAAAGAAGAACAGCAGCUUCGUGUCGCCAAUGGAGGCACAGACCCCAUCACGCGAGUCGAUAUGGCUCAGGUGAACAACAUCGACAAUGUUCUUUUCAGAUGUGCUAGCUGCCAGCGGGCUUUCCACUCAAAACACCUCUCCUCGGUGAAAGGGGAUGAUGACGCGGAAGUGUUUGCAGACCAUAUCAAGCACUGGCAAUGCAGUGAUUGCUCCGAGGCCCUUGGCGAAAUUGAUGAGCUUGUUGCAUGGCGUCCCGUUGAUGCACAGCUCAAGAAUUCAGCAGGCCUCAUCGGCGAGGCGGUUCCAGAGAUCGAGAAGGAAUAUCUCAUCAAGUGGAAACAAAAGUCCUACUUCCGCACUAGGUGGAUGCGAGGAGAUUGGGUUUGGGGUUUUGGCAGUCCUGCCAUGCGCCGAGCGUUCUACAAUUCACCCAAGUCUGACAAACCGAUCUGGACGACCGAGAAAGCGAUUCCCGAGGAAAACUUGCGAGUCGACAUCGUGUUUGAUGUGACGUACCGAGAAGGUACCAAGACAGAAGAUGAAAUGGACCCGGAGAUGGUCGAAUCAGCCUUUGUGAAAUACAAGGGAUUGAACUAUGAAUCUUCUGUGGUAGAAUCGCCUCCCGAUCCGCUUGAUAAUGACCGAUGGGAUGAUUUCAAAGUUGCUUUCGGCGACUGGCUCUUGCGUGACAUAAUCCAACCUCCCAACCGAAGCGUUUUGAAGGCCCAUUUAUCGAAAAGUCGGCAACAAAAUUUUAAGCAAGACCUGGCCUUACGGGUCCAGCCCGAACUCCUGACUGGCGGCGAACUCAUGGAAUACCAAAUGGAUGGUAUCAACUGGCUUUACUACAAGUUUCUCAGAAAAGAGAAUGCUGUCUUAGCUGAUGAUAUGGGUCUUGGUAAAACUGUCCAAGUUAUUGGCCUUUUCGCAACCCUCAUUCAAAGACAUCAAUGUUGGCCGUUUCUGGUGGUGGUACCCAACUCGACUGUUGCGAACUGGCGACGCGAGAUCAAAAUGUGGACGCCGCAUGUUCGGGUAACCACAUACUUCGGCUCGGCAUUUUCACGUCAAACGGCUAAAGACUACGAAAUGUUUCCCCAAGGGGGGCGUGAUCUCCGGUCGCAUGUCGUCAUUGCGUCAUAUGAGAGUAUGGUCGACGACGAUGCCAAGGAAAGAGUUCUGAAAAAGGUGCACUGGGCAGGUCUGGUUGUCGACGAAGGACAGCGUCUCAAAAAUGACAAAUCUCAACUUUACGAAUGUCUUCGUCGCAUGAAGUUCGACUUUAAGGCCAUUCUUACUGGCACGCCUCUUCAAAAUAACAUUCGAGAGCUGUUCAAUCUGCUUCAAUUCAUCAAUCCCGACCUUGAUGCCGAAGAACUUGAGGAGCGCUAUAGUGAAUUGAACAAGGAGAACAUUAGUGCUCUUCAUGAGAUGAUUCGGCCGUGCUUUUUGCGUCGGACCAAGGCCGAGGUUUUGCCCUUUCUGCCACCGAUGGUGCAGAUCAUCCUACCUGUUUCGAUGUCUGUCGUGCAGAAAAAGCUCUACAAAUCAAUCCUCGGGAAAAAUCCCGAGCUGAUCAAAAUGAUCUGCAAGAAGCAAACAGGCCAGUUAAAAAAGGCAGACCGGCACAAUCUGAAUAAUAUUCUCGUUCAGCUCAGAAAGUGUCUCUGCCAUCCGUUCCUCUAUAACAGAGACAUCGAAGAGCAAACCCAUGAUCCACUCAUGACUCAUCGGCAUUUGGUAGAGGCCUCUGGAAAGCUUCAAUUGCUAAAUCUGAUGCUGCCAAAGCUGCGUGAGCGCGGAAACAGAGUUCUCAUCUUCAGUCAGUUUCUGCAGAACUUGGACAUCGUUGAAGACUUUCUCACUGGUCUUGACCUGAAAUACUGCCGCCUGGAUGGAAACUUGUCAUCUCGGCAGAAGCAGCAACAGAUCGAUAGUUUCAACGCUGAAGAUUCUUCUUAUUUCGCCUUUCUCCUGUCUACUAGAUCCGGCGGCGUGGGAAUCAAUCUUGCCACUGCAGACACUGUGAUCAUCAUGGACCCAGACUUCAACCCUAAGCAAGACAUGCAAGCUUUGUCUCGUGCUCAUCGAAUCGGUCAAAAGAACACCGUUCUUGUGUUUCAUCUGACAACAAAAGCUUCUGUGGAAGAGAAAAUCAUGCAAAAGGGCAAAAAGAAGCUCGCGCUGGACCAUGUGCUCAUUGAGCGCAUGGAGGCGGACGAAGACGAAGAGGAUCUGGAGUCAAUUCUCAGACAUGGUGCUCAAGCACUUUUCGAGGAUGAUGAUGCCGCCCAUGUCCAGUACGACUCUGAAUCAAUCGAUAAGAUCCUGGAUCGCAGUCAGGCUGAAAAGGCGGAGGAUAUUUCUGGCAGCACUCUCAAUGGAUCGUCUGGCCAGCCCCAAUUCAGUUUCGCGCGCAUAUGGCAAAACGACCGAGGCACACUUGAAGAGGUGACCGAAACAGACGACACGCCUGUAGACGACACUGUUUGGGAACAGAUCUUGCAGGAGCGUGAGCAGGAUGCCAUCGAAGAAUCCUAUCGAAAGGCGGAGGGCUUCGGUCGGGGCAAACGCAAGCGAAAUACUGUGAACUACGAAACCAGAGAGGAAGAGGUCCAUGACUUUGAUGGGAUUCAAUCAUCUCCCUUUAAAGCUUCCCAAAAGCAAGCUCUUGAAAGCGACACCGAUUUUCAGCAGGAAGACAAUGGCGAGGCAUCCGAUUCUCCAGAUGAAGCAAAUGACAUGGAAAUAGACAAUAUGGACAUUGGUAUGCCGCCUGUCAAUGUGAAGACUCGUCCGUUCAAGCGAGUGCAGCUGCCACCGCCACCAACCUCGCUGUCCGUGAGCGGCGAUGGGACCCAAGAUAUUACUCGCCAUGCUUGCAUUGUAUGCAGUCAACACCAUGCCCUUGGUCGCUGCCCGUUGAAGCUGGCUGGCAUUGAGCAUUGUCCCCUCUGUGGGCUGGCGCACUUUGGCAGAAACCGAAGUUGCCCCCAUCUACGCAGCGAAAUUCAAGUUAAACGCAUGGUGGAGGCUUUGAAGGCGAGCAAAGAACCUCCCGGGUAUGUCGCCAUAGCCAAAAAAUAUCUCCAGGGUAUUUUGGGGGACCUCGGUCAGCGCGCACGCAAGAAGGCUGCGAAGGAGGCAGAGCGAGAACUUAGCCGAAGCAUGCUUCAGGCUCCAGCACCUUCGGCUCCAGCUCCAGCUCCGCAAACCACCCCGCAUUCUAUGCAGCAAUAUUCUUCUGCGAUGACUUCGGCUCCCAAUCCCGAGCCCCUCGGUCAACACGGUUCGGUUUCGUCAAACGAGUUCGCUCUUCAAUACCAGCAGACGCAUUCUCAGCAGCCCAGUCACUCUCAGCAAUACUAA